AUGUUUGAGACUCUUAAGAGCUAUAGCGAACCUCUCUGGAUAUACGAUAUACUGUGGGGAUGGAAUGUUAUUGUUAAAGAUGAUUUUUACAAAGACCUUGAAAUGAAUGAUUCCAGCGAUGAAGAAAUCAACAUUAGCAGGAAGAGAAAGCAGCAUGCUAAGAAGCAGGCACUUGUGGAUUUGUUUGAGGAGAAAAAUGUAGACGAAGAUAGCAUGUCUUCUGUUGACUAUGGUGAUAAGGAUUCUUUGUUUUUUGAGAUUUUUGGGACAGGGGAGGAAUACAGAUAUGUGCUUGAAGGAGAUAAAUCUGAACGUAUUGUGCAUAAAGAAGAUUCUUAUGUGGCACAAGAAGUGGUUGAUGUGGAGGAUAUAUACAUGUAUGCACGGAAUAACUUCAAAAUUGAUCAAGUAUCACUAAAGAAAAUUAUUGAGCUUGUUUCCUGUGGCUAUUCAAUACAUUUUGCACUAUUGCACAAUGGAAUUGAAGGCAUUGGGAUUGAAGACGGAUACAUGAUUGUGGAUAUUUUUGGUGAGCAUAAAGAUUUUUCAAAACUAAAAGCAGACAUGGCAAAUAAAUAUGGAGAUGAUGCACUUCUCCACAAGAUGAAUAGCAUCAGAGAGCUUAAAUGGUAUUCAUCAUACAAACAACAAAGUGGGAAGGAUGUUGAAAUACCAAAGGGAUUGCUUUCUGUAGAAGAUUUUUGUGAAAAUAUAAGAAUGGCAAAAAGAGUAUAUGAGCCUGAAUAUUCGUCAGCAGAUCUGUCUUUAGGAGAGAGAGACAGAAUUGCUAUGGCCAUUUCUUGCCAUCCGACAUUUAGAAAUGUUGUAUACACUAUGUUUAAACAGUACGGCAUAGAUGAUGAAGAGAAUGGGAUGAGAGUUGACGAUGGAAUUGUAGAACGAGUAUUGAUAGAGCUGUAUCAAAGCGACAUGGCAUCUGAUGAUCAGUGGAACAGGCACCGAAGGAGAAUUAUUCUUGUGGCGAUUGAAAAUGCCUGUGAGGUUGUUAUUCCAUUGGUAAUUGAAGAGAACAGAAAUAAGGAAGCAAAGAGGAGACUGUUUUUGAAUACUAUUGAUCGUAUAGUAAAUGGAUCGAUUGGCAUCAAGGGAGAAGGAAUGCAUAUAUGCGGAAUAACUGAAGAAAAGAGAUAUCUUAAGGCAGUUGUCCUGGAUUUUGAAGGAGAACUUGUGGAAUCGAUUGUUGUAAAGGACAGCGAUGAAUGCAAGCUACUGGAGUUUUUUGAACAGUUCAAUCCCUGCUGUACUGCAGUGAGUGGAUCUACAAUCUCGAUAAAACGCUUGAUGAAGACUAUCAUGCCUUGGAAUCCUGUGUAUGUAGAAAAUCGAGUGGCCACGAUGUCGAGCAACGAUACAUAUGCAUUUUGUUGCAGUAUUGCCAGACUUAUUCUAUGCCCUGAAAUUGAAUACGCAGAACUGGUAAGUAAGGGUAUUGUAUACCUGCCGCAGAGUGCAUUGCCAAGAAAUGAAGCAAUCGAAACUAUCAGAAGAGGCAUUCUGACCGCAGUGUCUGUAGUUGGUGUUGAUGCUAACUAUUUGCUUAAAAGCAGUAGAUGCAGCGGGCUUCUAUCGCUUAUUUCAAAUAACCUUUGUUUGAAAGAAAGAUUCAAAGAGCUCAGGUAUGUACAGAAGCUAGAGGAUCUUGCAUCGAUAUGCGAUAAUGCUGUUGAAUACACAAAUCUUGUGACAUACCUUAGAGUGAAUUCUGGAAUAUUUGCAAAAGUUUCACAAGCAGAAGCAUUGGAUUCUACAUGCAUACAUCCAAGGAAUUAUGAGGCAUGCAGAAGCAUGUGCAAGUCACUAUAUAAUCAGCUAGAAGUUGAAAAAAAGCCUAUAUUCGAUUAUGUGCGUGAACUAUUGAAUAACCAUAAGGAGGUGUUUAAGAGUCUAAAUUCAAUAGGCUUAGCUGGCAUUUCCAACAAUACGGCACUGUUUGAUGACAUGUGUGGAAUGCUUGCAUAUGGAGACAGGCCGUUGUAUUCAGGGCUUCCUGAUGGUUUAGUAUUUAAAGAAUUGACCGGAAGCGAUGAGUCUCUGAUUGGAAAGACAUUUGAAGCAAGUGUUGCUAAGUGUGGAGAUACCUAUUAUCUGUUGAGCACAGAAUGCACAUCAGCAGCCAUUUACGUUAAGAAGUCCAAGCAAACAGAAGAGCUUUUUCUUAACCAGCUAGUUAUGGUAAAGAUAGAGUGCAUGAAUUGCUUUAUGCUGUCUUACACAGGAUGUAUUGUUGCUCAAGAGUAUAGACGAUCCCAACAUUCGCGAUUUAUGACACAUCCGUUGUUCAGAAAUCUAAAUAGCGAAGAAUCAGAAUGCUAUCUCAGGGACAACUGCUUACCAUUGGUUCUAAGAGCAAGUAAAAGUGAUGGAUCUCCAAUAGUAGUUUUGAAGAUUCUGGAUGAUGUAUAUGUGCAUAUGAAGGUGGCGGAAGAUGAAAAAUAUUGCUACAAAGAAUGCUCAUACGAUAGUUUGGAUGAAUUCAUAUCAAAGAUUGCAAAGAAGAUACUCAUGAACGUCAAAAAUAUAAAAGGUCACAAAUACUACUUUGAAAACGAGGACAGAUUACUAGAGUAUCUAGGCCAGAGCGGAAGUUACAUAAAAUAUGGAUUUUACUUCAGUAGAAAAUAUCCUGGAAAGGUUUGCAUGAUGUAUAGCAAUGGACACUGUUUCAAGGAAUAUAUAACAGUAAGUGAAUACCUAGUGUACGAAGGAAGAAACUUUGCUACAUUGGAUGAGUUUAUGAGAUAUAGAAAAUCCAUCUAA